UUGAUUCGGGGUGUGUCUAGGAAAGAGAAGCCAUAGUUGGUCAGCCGCUUAGGAGCGUCAACCUCCACUGUGCUACGGCGCUGCUGAGAUGGUUGUCUUCCUGCUGCUCCUCUGUCUUCCCUACAUCCUCUACCUGGCCACGCCAAAAAUCAGGAAAAUGCUGUCCAGUGGAGUGUGUACAUCUAAUGUCCAGCUUUCCGGGAAGGUGGCCAUAGUCACUGGUGCUAACACAGGCAUUGGGAAGGAGACUGCUAGAGACUUGGCCCAAAGAGGAGCCCGUGUGUAUUUAGCUUGCCGGGAUGUACAAAAGGGGGAACGGGUGGCCAGCGAGAUCCAGGCCACCACAGGGAACAAUCAGGUCUUAGUACGGAAACUGGACCUAGCUGAUACCAAGUCUAUUCGAGCCUUUGCCAAAGAGUUCUUGGCUGAGGAAAAGCACCUCCACAUUCUCAUCAACAAUGCAGGGGUGAUGAUGUGCCCCUACUCGAAGACGGCAGACGGCUUUGAGAUGCACAUCGGAGUCAACCACUUGGGUCACUUCCUCUUGACCCAUUUGCUGCUAGGGAAACUGAAGGAGUCAGCCCCAUCAAGGGUUGUCAAUGUGUCCUCCCUGGCACAUCAUCUGGGAAGGAUCCACUUCCAUAACCUGCAGGGCGAGAAGUUCUACAGUGCAGGUCUAGCGUAUUGCCACAGCAAACUGGCCAACAUUCUCUUCACUCAGGAACUGGCCAGGAGGCUGAAAGACUCUGGAGUAACGACAUAUUCUGUCCACCCUGGCACAGUCAAUUCUGAAUUGGUUCGGUACUCGUCAUUUAUGAGAUGGAUGUGGCAGCUUUUCUUCCUUUUCAUCAAGACCCCUCAACAGGGAGCCCAGACGAGCCUGUACUGUGCCUUAACAGAAGGCCUUGAGAGCCUAAGUGGCAGUCACUUCAGUGAUUGCCAGUUGGCAUGGGUCUCUGGCCAAGCUCGUAAUGAGACAAUAGCCAGGCGGCUGUGGGAUGUCAGCUGUGACCUGCUGGGCCUUCCUAUGGACUGGUAGCUGGUAGUUUGGACUCAAAAGAAGGUUGGAAGAGAUGAUGAUUGUCCUUCAAAGUGGCCAAAAGCUUGAGUGCAAAGAGCAGAACUUCGAGUCUUGCCUGCUUGGCAUUCAUUCAGUUAAAUCCCAGAACACUGCCAGGUUCCUCUAAAUAUCUUGAGUUUGAAUGGACUUACUUUGUUCCUGCUCCUGCCAACAUUUCUAGUGAUUUCACAGACUAAGAUAGAGGACCCUUAUAUGACCUGCGCAGCUCCUGUUUUCCUUUGGAAACCUAUUCCUCCGAGAAUGGAAGCCCUAGAAGAAUCGUUGCAUGGCAGUGCGGAUUAGAUGUAGCUCCUCCCAAUCAACCAACCAACCAACCUCUCCCUGAAGAGCUUCUUUGCAACCUCAGCUGAACCCCAGGAGUCCAGUGACGUGGCCCAACAGCAGGCCUUUGUGGCCCCAAUGAUGGGAUACUUAGAGGAACGUCUUCAGUCAUGAAAUACUUUUCCAUGUCCGGACCACAGGCGAGCUUUCUUCUCUAAGAAGUUUGUGGAUUUGAAGGGCAAUAAUAAAAAUAAAGAUAAACUGUCA